AUGCCCACGAAUCCAAUUACUAGUCCACAGCAAAGUCCGGGCACCCGAGCAAGUGAAGUUCACUUGUUUAUCUUCUCGGUCGUCGAUGGAGAACCACGGGUGGCAUUGUUCCGACGCAGUGAGAAUGCGAGAACUUUAAAGUAUGUCAUGACAGACCCGAUGUACCAUACGCCAAUAUGCGGGGCAAUCGAACCGAACGAACCCCCCACUGCCGCCGCAUGGCGCGCCUUGAAACAACACGCCGGCCUGACAUCGCACGCCGUGGAAUUCAGUCGGAAAGGGAAACCAUUUAUUUCUGAGGACAACAAUGCAGAGUUGAUCAUUUGUCCUUUCGCGUUCCGACUGAGGGCCCCCGGAGAAGGUUCUUUGAGCGAAAACGCCAUUGCACUGGAUGACGAACACACCGAAUGGAGCUGGCACAACCCAGACAUUGUGGUCCACAAUGAGGCAGACCUGAGCAUCAUUCCCAAUACUUCCCAGAGUCUGCGCCGAGUAUGGUUCGAAGCAGACAUGAACAAAGCGGCCGGAGAGGCCCUUCGAUCGGGCCUGGAGCAACUCAAAACCGAUCAUAAAAGCGGCGCAAACGAACUGGCCUCGAUUGCCCUGAAAUCAUUCCGAGAUGUACUCAUGCACCUCCACAACGACCCGAACUGGUGGGAGACAGCACGCAAAGCGGCAUGGCAUCUCUGGAAAAACGGCCGGGAGAGCAUGGGAGCAGCGACCCUGAACGUACUGCUGCACACAUUGGCCGAGCUGAGGAAAACGAUCGGGAACAACCUCGAGGAAGAACGGAAUUGGGACCGGAGCCUCGCUGCAGUGGACUACCAACUCGAAGAGCGGCGGAAAAUCGACCUCCGCAUAAAGGAGUCGUUCACUCUGUACCUCCAAGCGAAUUUUCUCCCGCCCGCGAAGGCGAGGUCGUGCGAUACCCUGAGCAUCCUGACGCUGUCAGCCAGCUCCACGAUCCGGGAUAGUAUCCUGGAUGCCUUCGCGGCACUGCCGAUUCCACGCCUGGAUCUCCGCAUCCUGGAGUCGCGGCCUCUCUUUGAAGAAGUUCCCCCUUCCUCGGACCGCUCGUUGAACAUGACCAUCUACACUGAUGCGUCGGCCGCGCUUGCGUCGGCCGACGUUGAUUUUGCGCUUCUCGGCGCAGACCGGAUAUCGCACCUCGGGGAUGUAAGCAAUAAAACUGGGUCGUUACCUGCGGUGCUCAGUGCAAAGCAUGUGCACCCCGAGGUCAAGGUAUUGGUACUGAGUGGGUUGGACAAAAUUGCAGAACCGGGAACUGAACACGAGGUUGAGAAUAAUGACCGGACGGAGAUAAUUAGUAGCUGGCUCGCCAAUGGAGGGAAGGGAGUCAAAGUCAUUGAGUCCGGCCUGAGCGCCACUCAGUCUCGUACAAACUGCAUAGUGGAGGUGAAAAACAUUUAUUUCGAGUGGGUGCCCAGAGGUCUGAUUGACGAGUACAUCUGUGAAGAGGGCAUAUGGAACGAAAGCCGUAUAUACCACAGGGCGGUGGAGAUUGAGUAUAUGAUCCACGACUAUUUUGGUUCAAUUUGA